AUGGUUUCGACUCAUGCUCGCCUUUUGGCGGCCGCCUGCGCUCUUGCGACGACCGCCCACGCCGUCACUCCCAUCGAGGUUGAGGGCAAGGACUUCGUCAACAGUGACACCGGAGAUCGGUUUCAGAUUAUUGGUGUCGAUUACCAGCCCGGUGGUUCUUCAGGAAUGUCGAAGACCGAAGAUCCCUUGAGCGACCCCAAGGCGUGCUUGCGUGAUGCCGCUCUCAUGCAGAACCUGGGUGUCAACACCAUCCGUAUUUAUAACCUCUACCCCGGCCUCGACCACGAUGAGUGCGUCUCCAUCUUCAACGCGGCCGGUAUCUACAUGAUUCUCGACGUCAACUCUCCGUUGUACGGCGGUUCCAUCGACCGGACCUCGCCUAAGUCGAGCUACAACGACGUCUACUUCGAGCAGGUCUUCGGUAUCAUUGAGGCCUUCAAGAACUACCCCAACACCCUCGCCUUCUUCGCUGGUAACGAGGUGAUUAACGAGCAGAGUGUCAAGAGCGUUCCCGCUUACAUGCGUGCCGUCCAACGUGAUAUGAAGGACUACAUUAAGAAGAACGCUAAGCGCACCAUCCCUGUCGGCUACUCCGCUGCCGACAUUCGUCCCAUCCUGUUGGAUACCCUGAACUACUUCAUGUGCGAGGACUCGGACGAGCCUAGCUCCCACUCUGACUUCUUCGGCUUGAACUCGUACUCGUGGUGCGGCGAGUCCAGCUACAAGAAGAGUGGCUACGAUAUCCUCACCGAGGACUUCCGCAACGCUUCGCUGCCCGUCUUCUUCUCCGAGUAUGGCUGCAACGAGGUCCAGCCCCGUGUCUUCACCGAAGUGCAGGCCCUCUACAGCAAGGAGAUGUCGCAGUCUUUCUCCGGUGGUCUGAUCUACGAGUACACCCAGGAGGACAACGACUACGGCCUCGUCAAGCUGAACAAGAACGGAACCGCCUCCCUGCUCGUCGACUACGAGAACCUGCAGAAGCAGUACGGCAAGCUCGACAUGAAGGCCAUCGAGGCUGCCAACAAGACCCAGACCUCCUACAAGGCCCCCAAGUGCGCCUCCAGCCUCAUCCAGAACAGCACCUUCCUCGACGACUUCAAGCUGCCCUCCCGCCCCUCCAAGGUCCAGGACAUGAUUGACGACGGUCUUAAGGACGCCAACACUGGCAAGCUCGUCGACGUCUCUUCCAAGGAUGUUCCCCAGACCAUCUACGACCACAAGGGUAGCGAGGUUACCGGCCUUCGUCUCUCCGUUCUCAAGGACGGCCAGUCCAACGCGCCCGGCGAGCACACCUCUGGUAGCGCUACCUCCGGCGGCUCCAGCAACUCCGACUCCGAUGACGACGACGAGCCCACCUCCAACGGAGCCGGUCAGAUCUCCGCGUCGUUCAUGAGCCUGUUGACGGGUGCUGCUCUUGUGGCUGGUUUCUUCCUGUAA